AUGUUCAAUACUCUUGCUUUAAGAGCUGCUAAAAUCUCACUCGUGAGACCUUCGCUUCUCAGACCAAUGGUUGUGAGGCCAUUGGUUUUGAAGUCUGCAUUUUUACAAUCAAAAUCUGUAUCCCCAAUCGGUCUAAGAUUUUUGGCUACUAAAGCACCAGAGUCUAAAAAGGCUGCAAAGGUUGAUGCAAAAACUAAAGCUACUAGCCUUAUUGACAUGAUUCCAGGUUCUAACUUUGUCACAAAGACAGGUACAUUGGCAACGGCUGCAGCAGCUACUGUUUACAGUAUUGCUGAGGGAUUUUUUGUUAUUAACGGAGAGUCGCUUUUGGUCAUCACGUUCUUCAGCUUUAUUUACAUGACUGUCAAAGUUAUUGCUCCGCUGUACGGUGAGUUUGCCAGAAAGAGAAUUGGAUUUGUUACCAAGACUUUGAAUGAUGCCAGAGAGAAUCAUGUCAAUGCAGUUAAAGACAGAAUUUCUGAGGUUUCAAACUUGAAAGAUGUGGUCACAACUACAAAGGCUCUUUUCGAGAUGUCUAAGGAGACUGCCGCUAUUGAGGCUGAGGCUUUCGAGUUGAAACAGAAAGUCGAGGUCGCCAACAAAGCAAAGUCUGUUUUGGACUCAUGGGUUAGAUACGAGGCUCAGGUUAGACAAUUGCAGCAGGAGCAAUUAUCCUCUACUGUCAUUGGUAAUGUCAAGCAGCAGUUGAAGGACAGCAAGUUCGAAGACAAGGUCUUAGCAGAGUCUGUUUCCGAAGUGGAAAGGUUGUUUGCCAAGGAGAAAUGA